AUGGCAGUGAAAUUUCUUCGUGAUGGCUUCUGCGUAAUUUCACUUGCCAAUAGUGCGAGCGAAAGGAAGGCCAUUAUUGAAACGCUUGUGAAAUAUAAAGCCAAUGCGGAUCGUUAUUUUACUGCAUUUAUGCGUGCUUACGAAGCAGAAUUGGAGUAUUCGACCAAAAUACCUAGCCUUGAGAGUGGCUUUUCCAAUUUCAGACAGAGAGGGAAGGGCAGGUUUGAACUGAUAUCACCUCAGAUUGAAAAGGAGGUACUCAGUGUCAUUGGGAAGUGUGACUUAUUGUGGACCUGCCUAGAUGUGCUGUUGACUCCCGCAGGAAGAGUGACUAGGGCACCCAAGAAAUCGAUCUCGACCGGAUGCUUUUAUUCACUUCCUGGAAGCUCAACCCAAAGUCUUCAUACAGAUGGGCCUCCGUUAAGCAAUGUGGUUGACCUUUAUCCGUACGCCAUCAAUGUGUUUAUCCCACUUGUUCCGGUUGACAAGAACAAUGGCACAGAGUUUUUUGCCGGAUCUCAUCGUGGGGAAUGGCAUUCUAGAUCUCCACUGAAACAAAAAUCGGUAACACCAACUAUUCCUCUUGGGAAGGCAUUGCUGUUUGAUUAUAGAGUGUUGCAUCGUGGCUUGGGCAAUCGGCUUGGCUCUUCUCGUCCGUGCUAUUAUACAACUUUUGCCCAGUCGUGGUAUGAAGACAAGUUUAACUUUAGUUCAGUGCGGUACAGAACAGCUUUGAAUGUGCCUUCCUAUCUGCUAGAACGAAGAGGUGAUGAAAAUGCGAGGAAAAGACAAAGAAUAGAGUAG